AUAUCACCUAAUGGGUGAGCAGGCUCUGGUGAUGUGUCGACUUUGUCAAGUAAGACACACCUCCUUACUGGACUUAACAUUUCGUAGUCAAGUAAUAAAUACACUGUGGCCUCUCCCAUUGUUUCAAUCUGAGAAAUCAGUGGCAUCCUUUGCUUCUGCAAUGAAGCUCUCCAACAAGAAAAGGAUUUUGGCCAAGUUCUUCAAAGGUCGAUGGCUUCUGAGAAUCCUGUCCCUCAUCCUUCUGAGUGUUUUUGUUUCACUUGUCCAUUGGAAAGCAGACUCUGAUCCCAGGAUACCGCAGCAAAUUGCAGCCGACCUGCCCGCCUGCUCUGCUAUUAUCACGGGAGACUUGGCAGGCCGUGAAACUGACUUGGAAGUCCUUCUAUCAUCCAGGACAAGACAAGUUCUGCUAUCAGAGGACUUCUACCUUAACGCAACCCAGGAUUGUCAAGUUUAUCGUACACACAGAGGCUUCUUUACAGUUCCUCUGAGUAAAGAAGAGAAGGAUUUUCCCAUCGCGUACACUAUGGUGAUCCACGGACAGAUUGAGAUGUUCGAGCGUCUCCUACGUGCCGUUUACGCACCUCAGAACAUCUACUGCGUGCAUGUGGACCGAAAAUCCACAGUGGAAUUCCAUAAGGCCGUGGAUGCCAUUGUUUCCUGCUUUGAGAACGUAUUCAUAGCUGGGAAAUUAGAGAGCGUUGUUUACGCCUCAUGGUCUCGAGUGCAGGCCGAUUUGAACUGCAUGGUGAGUUUGUUGGGGUCCCAUGUCCGGUGGAGAUACCUGCUGAACACAUGCGGGACGGAUUUUCCUAUUAAGACCAACAGGGAGAUAGUGCGAGCUUUGAAGGUUCUCAAUGGAAGGAACAGCAUGGAAACAGAAGCCACCAAUGACUACAAGAAGCAACGUUGGCAGUAUCACUACAACGUCACAGACUCCAUCGUCAGGACCGACGUGAAGAAAAGCCCCCCUCCCAUUAGAAGCCCCAUGUUCACUGGGAAUGCGUACUUUGUGGCCAGCAGGGCCUUCGUGGAACAUGUGACACAGGACUGGGAGGUUCUGGCGUUGCUGGAGUGGGAGAAGGACACCUACAGCCCAGACGAGCACUUGUGGGCCACUUUACAGCGGAUGCCCUCUGUGCCCGGAUCGGUCCCUGCUAACGGCAAGUACGACAUGUCGGACAUGCAAGCGAUCGCCCGCGUGGUCAAGUGGAGCUAUUUGUCAGGAGAUGUGAGGAAAGGGGCGCCAUACGAGCCGUGCACAGGGAUGAAUAGAAGAGCAGUUUGUGUAUAUGGAGCUGGAGACCUGCCGUGGCUCGUGAGGCAACAUCACCUCCUGGCUAAUAAGUUUGAUCCCAUGGUGGAUGACAUUGCAAUUAGAUGCCUGGAGUCGUUUCUGUAUUUUAAAGCUUUAGAUCAGGGGUUAAUACAGGGUGUCCCCCAAAAUUCGACAUCUCACCUGUGCUCUGAGAUACGAGUUGAAUUUGUUCCGUGGCCAUCCUCGUAUCUCAAAUCAUCUUUUCCCUUUGAAAUGGAUGGAAAUGCCAUGAAUCCGUUCCAGCCUCCCGCAACCCAAGAAAAAUAAAAUAAAGUGUUUUUUAAUAGGGAAAAUAGCUCUGGUACUGGUGAUACUUUAUAAUAAUGAUUCGAUAGACUGAAAAGAAUCAAACCAUUUGUGGAUCAAGAACUCAUCGUGGCUCCUGGUGUGGGCUAGGUGCUAUUCAAUAUCCCUUCUAAUAACUUUAUUUUUAUAGCACCUUUCAAAAAUUUGUUCCCAAAGCACUUUGGUGUUUAGCAUUGAUUGUUAGCAUUCAGCUAAGCAGACAUUUUUCUACAGCAAAAGUUAUGUGGUUGUUUUAAUUAGACAACAUGCAGUUCUCUUUGUUUAGUUGGACAGCAAACUCCAACUGAGUGGCAAUAAACAGCUUGAAGCCUCUUUUUGAAAGAAUUGUUCACUAUCUGCCAAACUACUGUUUGUAGUUAAGUGAAUUAAGUUCAGUGCCACAAUACAGCACUCAUAUCUCAAAUGUUUGCUCACAAGGCAAAGCAAUAAAUUGGCCGAACGAGAACUCAUAUCUCGAAUAACUUUUAGGCUGGUAAAAGAUUACGAAAUUGUGUCACAUUUUGGGGGACACCUUGACUGUACGUCACAGGCCCAAACUUUACACUGAUUCAGAUUCAAUACAUUGGCCAAUGCAAAGAUAAUGCACACUCCUGACC